CCGGUGGGGCCACCGGAAAGUGCUCUUCUUCUUCUGGAAGAUGGCUCCCAACACAUCCACCAUGGAUGGGGCCGGGCUGGCAGUGGAGAGGGACUUCUCCUUUCGGAUCCUCACCGCGUGCUUUCUGUCACUUCUCAUCCUGUCCACUCUGCUGGGGAACACCCUCGUCUGCGCCGCUGUCAUCAGGUUUCGACACCUGCGCUCCAAGGUGACCAACUUCUUCGUCAUCUCUUUAGCCGUGUCGGAUCUCCUGGUGGCUGUCCUGGUCAUGCCCUGGAAGGCGGUGGCUGAGAUUGCAGGCUUUUGGCCCUUUGGGUCCUUCUGUAACAUCUGGGUGGCUUUUGACAUCAUGUGCUCCACGGCAUCCAUCCUCAACCUGUGUGUGAUCAGCGUGGACAGGUACUGGGCUAUUUCCAGCCCCUUCCAGUAUGAGCGGAAGAUGACUCCUAAGGCGGCCUUCAUCCUGAUCAGCGUAGCAUGGACUCUGUCCGUCCUCAUCUCUUUCAUCCCAGUGCAGCUAAGCUGGCACAAAGCAAAACCAGCGUGGCCCCUGAAUGGCAGUCUCACCUCCCUGGAAGACACUGAGGAUGACAACUGUGACGCCAGGUUGAGCAGGACAUAUGCCAUUUCAUCCUCACUGGUAAGCUUUUACAUCCCCGUGGCCAUCAUGCUUGUCACCUACACCAGGAUCUACAGGAUCGCCCAGAAACAGAUCCGGCGCAUCGCAGCCCUGGAGAGAGCAGCUGUCCACGCCAAGAACUGCCAGACCACCACAGGCAAUGGGAACCCUGUUGAAUGUUCUCAGUCGGAAAGCUCCUUUAAGAUGUCCUUCAAGAGAGAGACUAAAGUGUUGAAGACGCUUUCUGUGAUCAUGGGGGUGUUCGUGUGCUGCUGGCUGCCUUUCUUCAUCUCCAACUGCAUGGUACCCUUCUGUGAGUCUGGGGAGACCCAGCCUUUCUGCAUCGACUCCAUCACUUUUGAUGUGUUUGUGUGGUUUGGGUGGGCCAAUUCCUCCUUGAACCCCAUUAUCUAUGCCUUUAAUGCUGAUUUUCAAAAGGCGUUUUCAACCCUCUUAGGAUGCUACAGACUCUGUCCCACCACGAAUAAUGCCAUAGAGACGGUGAGCAUCAACAAUAACGGAGCCGUGUUUUCCAGCCACCACGAGCCGAGAGGCUCCAUCUCCAAGGACUGCAAUCUGGUUUACCUGAUCCCCCACGCCGUGGGCUCCUCCGAGGACCUGAAAAAAGAGGAGGCAGGUGGGAUAGCUAAGCCCCUGGAAAAGCUGUCUCCGGCCCUCUCGGUGAUCUUGGACUACGACACCGAUGUCUCUCUAGAGAAGAUCCAACCAGUUGCACACAGUGGGCAGCACUCGACCUGAAUUUGGGGCUCUUGUCUCCGAAGCUGGGAGCUCCGUAGGGCUUGCUAUUAAGGAAUUCAGCUCUGGUGGGUCUCCGAGGUACCAUGAGACCUCUCUGCUGCUUUUGAACAAUUACAGAGCUUUUCAGAUGCGUUCAUUCCAGUGUGUUUUUUCGUUACUCAUAGUCCGAUGGGGACAUGAGAAGAGCUACAAGGGAAAUGACUUUGGCUCUGAAAUCAUUUGUGAAACAUUAUCUUAGGAUGUUAUAAAAAACAGGGCAAAGAGUCAACAGUAAACUUCACUUAAAAAUCAAAACUUUCCAGGAAGGAAGUGAGAGAGUUGAAUUUG